CCGAUCAUACGAAUAGAAACAAACGAUAUACAACCGUUUAGCGUCGUACAGACGUCACCUGUGUUAGCUUUUGAUUCGGGCCCCAAGUUUGAGGCGAAACCAUUGGAACUGGACUUAAGGAAUCUUCCAAGUGUUGACUCCCCUGAGCUGGACAGUUCUUUGCGAGACUUGCUCAUGGAAAACAUGAGAUCUGCUAGUACUGUUAACGAAGAUAACGAUGAUGCUGUCUCGGAAAUUUCAACCUGCAGUUCGGUCGUGACUCUGGAAACAGUUGAGGAAGGUGAAUCAGGGAACCUUCCGAUAGUUCACCGGAAGACGUCGAGAGCGUCUUCGUUUACUGCCGGUUCAAAGACGAGACCUUCCGAAGGAAGCACCAGUAGCUAUCAUUCUUCCAGUGAAGCUGAGGAAGAAGAUGGCAUAAAGACAGCAAUGAAAAAAUCCGCGAGGAAAAUUUCAGACCUGUUUACGUUUAAUGCGCCAAGUUUUAGUGGAAACGGAACAAAUGCAGAUGAAAUUGAGGAAGCGAGACCGCCAGCUGGAGAAAGGAGACGAAAGCUGAGCAUUACAAGAAGAAUUUCACCGUUAUCUUUGCACGGAAUUUUUACUGGGAAUCAAUCCGGCGUAAGCAACAACAAACAAGACCCUACUGUAGAAAAAACCGAAAACAGCAAAAAGACAAGGAAACUUUCAUUAACAAUGUUCAACAAACCUCCAUCUGAGAAGGAAAGGAAAAGAAGAAACACUGACCCGCAACUACCUCCCAACCAACAAAUCAACACAACCAUUGAAAACGAAGAAAAGAAAAACAAGGACAUAUCCUUGAUACGAAAAGAAUCUCAAACCAAACCCCUGCCAGAGCAGGCCUUGUUUAAAGAGGAAGAUGUUAAAAUUCAUGACCUUAUUAAACACGUUCUACGCGCCCACAUGCUCUCAAUAAAGGAAUACAAGCGAGAAACGUGUGAUCGCGUUUGUAAAAGCAUCUGCAGAAUCCUAAAAACUCUUGUGUCUUCCAUGAAAGCAGUGGAUAAUGUACCGCAAUGUAAGGUUGUGUGUCAAGCCUACAUUGGUUCAGUGAGAGAGCAAGGAUUGUUCGCAUCAGUUCAAACUCUGUGGGAAAAUGAAAAAGACAAUUUCGCUGCAGCGAGUUUUAGAAGUGAUUCUUUAUUUGGUUUUGCGUCGGUUAUGACGACAACGCUGUAUUGACUCCAUAGCUUGACCGGCACAGCCUCAGCUGUAAAAUGCAUCAAAUGAUAAUGGUGGUCAGAAUUUAACCCAGGGGACAUGUUAAGUGCUGAGUUUUCCCUUCACUCGCCAACUGAAACGCUCAUGCCGUGAGAGUGUUUAACAACAUUGUAGGCCAACUGAAUUUGUAGGUAGUACAAAGCAUUGAGGGUUAAUUAUUGCUCUAUUUAAAGGUACAUCGAUCUAUUUUUAGUCUCAAUAUAGAACUCUAAACGACACUUUUUCAUCAACGGAAUCUAUUUAGAAAUGUUGUGUCAUUCGUGGUAAUGAUGGAACAGACACCUUGAAAAAGACAGGCCGAUGUAUUCAUUCUUUACAAUUAAGAGAUGAUAGCCAUCAGGAAGUACCCUAAUGAUUAAAAGUUCACCAAAAGUACUGAAAUUUUUUGCAAACACAAAGUUAUAUGAACUGAAAUAUAGCCCAACCCAAUUGAACGCGAAGUAUCAGCGUUUCCUACAUUGAUGAUUCUUGACGAAAAGCGCGUUGUUUGGUUAACCCAGUGUUGCCAACAAAUAAAGGCACGACGAGAAACAAGCAAUUAACAACAAAUCACUACAAUUUAGUGAGAAACACAACUGGCCAGAGGCAAACCACUCCUGGUAAAUUCGGGACUCACCGAAAACAAAUCCGGGGCGGGGAUUGAACUCGCGGAGCCUCCGGAUUACAAGUCCAGCGCUCUCACCCGCUCGGUCACGCUGCCGGUCUUCUGUGAACUCUCUGUCUCUUAUUCUCUCCUUAAAGGAUCACACAUUUCUGUGGUAAAAUAAACGCUGUUAAUUCUGGGAUAAGAAGUAAAAUAAUUGCAGGAGAUUCUUCAGUACAGCAACCAGGAAAAUCACCACGGCAAUGUCCAUUUUUAAAAGUGCGCCAUUUUGGUGUUAGCAUUUGUUUGUUUCAAAUUUUCUCCGGCCAUAGCACCAAUGUAGGAUUUCCCGGCUUUGGAAUAACUUGUCUCCCAGAAAGUUCACUCUUUACUCCCCCCCCCCAUUACCCCCCUUUCCAGAUGUGUAUGUAAGGCAUGUUUUAUUUUAUGUAAUUCCGCCUUCUUUUUGCGGAGAAUUGUAUGAUAUUAAAUUGAUUCGGACGAUAAGUUAAUGGUAGUCGUCGGUAAGAAGAAAGCGUUUUUAAAAUGUCCUUAGCUGGAUGCACUACUGAAUAUCACGAUAACUCAAAACAUGCCAGACAUCGUAGUGACGUGAAUAACAAAGAAACGCCGGCAGUUGACAAAAAUAUGCGUUUAUAUAUACACUGCUAAGGUAGUAAUGAUAAUAAUCUGACCAUUAUUUUAUCAACUUCACCGAAUACAUCACAGGAACUGUAUCUCUCAAACAGUCAAUUGACAGAGCUCUUUAAUCAUAAGACUAAUUCAAUCUUUCUCUGGCGCGGAAAUUAAUACCGACUGUACUAUUCGGCCACAAACAUUAAUCGCACCGUUUCGAUUUUUUCAUCAAUAUGUCAGUUUGAUUCUUUAAUUAAUAUCAGUUAUAGUGAAUGACUGUCGUGUGAGUUGUAAUUUAAUUUACUUCCAUUGGCUGUUGUUCCACCCCUUAUCACGUACUAGGCCGUUAUUGAGUUUUUCCUAAAAUUCUUUUGAUCAGUGCUGUUUGUGAUAGGCCUGUAUUUCGCGAACACCCUCGGAGAUUGCUCAGGUGUCCGCUCGCUAGAGAACGUGAUGUGAGGACUCAAACACGGCAUUGAAAAGAUCAAGAACAGGGGAAACAUUUGGAAUACCCCAAGAGAGUAUGACGAUAUACGUUUUCAUUAAUUUCUUUACUUGAGUGGGCCAGUUAAUCAAACUACUUUAUAAGAGGUCAACUGAGUAAAACAACUGAGCUCUGUACAAGCAAACCGAUUGAAAGAAAUGCGAAAACAGGUGUAGCUGAUUUUCUUGUAAUUGUAUAUAUGAUAAACUAACCAACGAAGGAUCCAAGCUGCUAAGCCACAGUGUUAAGGCUGCUUCGUAACACUGUAGUUCCCAGUUUCUUUCCUCCCUGAAUAUUCGACAAUGUUAAAAUAAAACAGUAAAACAUGCAGGUUUGUAACGAUAGAAAUUACCAUCUAAUGCAUUCACUUUUUUAGGUGUCGUCAUCAGCUCAUAAUGGAGGUGUCCGCUUUAUGUAGAAAGGAUUCAGUUACAGUAAAUAAGGGAAAUUAAUUUGAGAGCUUUGGCUACAGUGUCCGCCGCUCACAUGUAAUACGGUGUCCUUCACUCUAGCUACCUGUAAUCAGUAUUUGCUAUAAAAUCACCAGGAGCAUUUUUUAAUAUACAGAGCAACCAUCUUUCGUGCAACUCCGCAAAAGUCAUGUAACGUUUCAAAACUUUCUUUUCAUGUUCAUGCUGGCAUCAAGAUUUUUUAUGUCUUUCUGUAACCGUUGAAGUCUCACGUCUUAUUCAACUGCAAAUCCAAGCAAGUGGCAAGCAAAGAUUUAAAAUCAAUUUCAAGAACGUCAACUCCUGACCAGAGCCACAUAGUUAAGGGACAGUAUCACGAGAAGUCUCCAAUGGUUUUUAGUGAAUUACGCUCGAGUUUUAAAGCAUGUUCACCGAUGCAAAGAAUUGUUCUUAAACUACGAGAGAAAGAUUUUGAUUCAUUCUUCAAGGCGGGAUUAGAGGAAGCAGACCUGACUAACAAUGGUCUCCAUAAGACAGGGGCACCCAACGAGAAUGUAGUUCAAAACCACUUAAACAUAGCAUUGUUAAACGUGUUUUAGUAUUUAAAUGGUGGAUAUAUGGGCAUAUUUUUACCCCCUAUAAAUUUUUCAUCUGUUCGGAUUUCCUAGCUGAAAGUCUAGUGACCCGAAAACUAUAGGGAUCAAAACUUACCUAUUCGAAAAUUUCAGCCAGAAAAAAGGCUCCCGAAAAUUCUAGGUGACCUUUUUAGGGUAAAAAUCCGUUGAAAAUGGGCAAUUUCACCAUUUUGUAGAUGUUCGAAAAUCCUAGGAGAAGCAGGCAAGCAAGAAAUUUUACAACAAAUGUUCCGAAAAUUCUAGAUCUCAAAUCGUCUUCCCAACAGAUAUUUUUCCGAAAAUUGUCGUUGGGUGCCCCUGAUAAGAGGGCCUUUUCCAAAAACAUACAACCAGUAAAAAAAGUUGGUUUAAGUUUCGGUAGUAAAUCCACUCUCUGCUUAUCCUUAGAUCCUCUGAAACAUCUUGAAUGUAGUUAUUGAUAAUUUUCAACAACACCGCCAUUAGAGGAACAACCAUUGAUUCAAGGAUACUGCCGCAAGGAAUCUCCGCCGCUUUUCUGUUCAAUCAAGCCUACUUAUUUCUGUGUAACCCCCCACCCCCACCCCCUCCGGGCAAGAUUCUAAAAUGCUUCAGUGAAAAUGUGGCUUCAGUUCAUCUUAAACAUUUUUUAAUUAUUUCAGGGUUUGGCAAAAAAAAAGAAAUGACGGUCAACUUGUUUAUAGUAGCCACAGAGAAACACUGUAACCCGCAAAGUAGAGUGGUAACUAAGACAACUAAGUGGUAUAUGCCUGUAAAUGGCAUGCGCGUUUUAGAGUCUAUGCCCCGGUUGUUCAAACGCUAGAUAGAUAGCGCUAUCCACCAAAGAUAAAUAACCAUCCAGGGGAUAAGUGUUAGUCUAUCCAGCGGACGGUAGUGCUUUGCACCUUUUGGGGUCAGCUGUCCAGUCAAUUUCUAACCGUACUCAGGCAAUCGGCUCCUGCCUCACUUCAUUUCUUGAGCCGGUUGAUCUUAUUGUGACGUACUGUGAUAACUCGUUUACGUGCAGAUACUAGACUACGAGUAGUCCCCCAUUUUUCCUCAGGGAUAGUAGAGCGAGCGAAACGCGAGCGCGCGUGAAAAUCACCCCACGCGAGAAAAGGCGACACGCGGAAAAAUCGGGGACUACUCGUAGUCUAGCAGAUACAUGUCACAUAUCAAUCCUUGCGGAAUCAGUAAGAAGUAGUUUCUCCACAGUAUUUCCUCGCUUAUAAAAUGACAUUGGGUGUAUUCUGUGUAUGGUUCAAUAUCAUUCAGGUGGGCGAUCAUGUUGAUCAUUUUUCAAUUUGCUUUCUCACUUUCUCGGCUCUCAAGCUGUGAGUUGGAAGAGCUUAUCAACCACAUCCUGUCUUAGCCACACCUUAAUGCGGCUUCCAAUUAUUGUCGAUUUGCUGGGUUUGUAUAGAUAUCAACUGAAUAAAACUCCUUCUUAUUUAUUAAUAGUGAUUAACGUGAGUCUUUGUUUUUAAUUAACAAUUCGUUUUUUGUCGCAUACUAUCACUGGAUUUAGUUCCUUGCCCACAUAAACGAAGCGUUUAAAACCGUUUGUGUUGACAAAUUAUCAUGUGAAUACAAACAUGAAUCACUGCAUGUAUUUAUUUCGAGUGAAAAGAAAUCGUGACAGUAGUGUUCAGCUGUUAUUUCUUGCCUUCAAUCGAACCGUGAGGAAGUAUGCACUUAGAUCUAUAAAUAUCAAGUACGCAAAGUAGCAUUGCGGCUAUUUUCGUUCGGUUGCGAGACAGCCCUACGAGGGUAGUGUUGGAAUUACCUCGAUUAGAUCUCAAGAAAAUACCGGUAGUUCGACCAAAUAUUUUGUGUCUUAAGUAAGUUAAGAAAACAAUUGAGAUUGUUCAGUAAGAAAUUCAAUUCACAGCUGGAAUCCAGAAUGUUACGAAAACCUUUUUCGUCACAGUUCUGUAACAGCGCACUCUUGUGUAACUUGUGAAGGCGUGCAGGCAGAACAUGUUUUCAGGAUUUGUAUAUUUUCAGGUUUGUAACUUUUACCCGUUUGUAACUGAUUAACAGCCUCCGUGAGUCUCUUACCCAAGGACCGUUGCGUGUUUAUUUGAGGGAUUGUCGGUCGUUGACCCGUACUUUGUUGCCGGAAGCGUCUUAAGAAGAUUUCAGCAGCGAUAAAUCGCUGUAAAUUAAGACCUUAUCAUUCAGAGUGCCGGCGGUAAGUCAUGAUAUAUACAGCACCUAAUCACAAGACUUUGAACAUAUCUGUAUGUGCUGUCGUCUGUUAAUUAUCUCUAGAAGAGUAGAAAAGGCUGACAUCAUGCGUAUUUUUUCAUUACAGAUUCAACGCCGUGUAUGCUAAACAUGGAUGAUACAAACGGCUCAUGCAUUCCGCGCGAGCGACAAAAUUCAAACCCAUUUCGUUUCACCUCUGGUCACGAAGAGGUGCCACGGAACAACGAGACAGAGAAAAACUGCAACAGUGCUCCAUUCAAAGUGCCUGAAAAAGAAGCAAAACCAGCUCCAUCUCCCAGACCUGCUAGAAGAUCGAGGAAGCUUUCUUUAUUUUCGUUUCACUUCAACUCCAAAGAAAAGGAAGAUAAAGGGAAAACGCGGCGUGCAUCGCAACCCUCCUAUAAUUACGGAACGACUCCCUCGCCUACAACUCUAUCAGCACCGAUAGAACUUUGGUCGCGCGAAAAUACUGUGAGUACCGGCUCGCUGAACAGUUUCAGUAGUCUAGAUAGUUCACCCACAAAUUCUAGGAAAUGUUCUUCAGUAACUUGCCUUGUCGAGAGAGAGAACUUGGUCAUCCAUGACAUCAUUCAAGAGACACUCAAACUACAGUUUGAGAACGUUAUGGAAUAUAAGCGGGAGAUUUGCGAUCGCUUGGCGAAAAAUGUGUGUCAGCUGGUGAAACGACGUGUGGAGGUGAUGAAAGAGGCCACGAAAGAUGGGACGUUUUAA